AUGUCGCAGACAACACCGCCUCCCCUAACCUCUACCUUUACGCCAGCUCCAUCCUGCUUCAGCGAUAUCUAUAUUUGGAACAACACGCAAGGGCUGAACUGCGUUGUGGGGAAAUCCUCCCAGACAUGUAGGUUAAACAGCCUCGGGCCCCCGAACCCCCAUGACUGCCUCCCGCCUGGAUUCAAUUCCUCGCCCCAGUUCUACUUCUCGCCGGGCGUGUGUCCUUCAGGAUAUUCGAUCGCAUGCUCUACGGUGGCCAGCAUUGGGACACUUUCAGAGACAAGGGCGACAUGCUGUCCUAGUGGCUUAAUCUGUCAGACCAAAAGCGAUUGGCCGUGGUACUCAACUGAACCGUGCACUUAUGGCGCAUCGUUUGUAGAAACAUGGGCAUGGACCUCGUCAACCGAUGGAGGAUGGACGAUGGGCACCUCAACGGCGCUGAAAGGAUUGAAUGCGUAUGGGAUUUCUAUUCGAUGGCAGAGUACCGAUUUCGCGUCGGCUGCCACAGCGACCAGCAUUCCCCGAUCUUCUCCUGGCGCCACGGUUUCUGCAGAUCAGGCGACAUCAACAUCGCCUGCCACAGCGGAUCCCUCCUCGGGUCUCUCGACAGGAUCUAAAGCGGGCAUUGGCGUUGGCGUGGGAGUAGCGGCUCUGCUCUUUAUCGCGAUUGCAUGCGUGCUGUUCCGCUACAGGCGACGACACGCGGCUGUUUCUGUGAACAGUGCGAACACUCAGGGCGCGACCUUGCGGCAUAACCCUUCAGGGUUGUGGGAACUGCCGGCUGGGGAGGCAGCCCGAGAAUUGGACUCAGGCCCCGGGACAUCAGAGAUCGAUGGAUCAACCUCCCGGGCGGAAUUGGCCGCGCAUUAG